AUGGAAAACACAAGACAGAAAGAACCGAGUGGCGGCAAUGCAGAUCAUCAAGGUAUUGCAGUUCUAGCGAUAUUUUUUCUCUUGCUGUAACUGUGAUGGACUGACCUUCCUCUGUAUUUCCUACGGCUUAAGAACUGUAGGCAGAUGAAAAUGCAUCCAAGUAUCCGAAUGUUUGCAAUGGCCAGAUACUAUUUAUAGCUAUAUAUACUAACAUGAAAAGGCGUGGUCCUUUCAGUCCGUGAUGCUUCGCAAAAGGCUUCAUAUCAAAGCAUCGCAUUCUAACUGAUUUAGAUAAUCACAAGCUACCUGCAGCUCUAUGCAACUUUCAUAUUGGGAUGUAACUUUCUUACACGACUUAUUGUUUACAAUAAGCGAUAAGUAUCUUCCUUCAGUUUCCACAGAAUUCUUAUGCGAAAAAGCCACUUCAAGAGCAAUAGGGUGGUUUAAAAUAGCAUUUGGUCCGGUUUCCAUUAGUACACCAACGAUUUACUGGUGCUAAUCCCCCUACUCCCCCCCCCUCCCCUCCUUCCGCCACCUUACUCACUUCUCGCUUCUGAAUAAAUCAUUCUGUAACUUCGUUCUGUACAGUUGAAUUCAAGCAAAAGAAGUGUCUUUCUACACGGGCUGUUAGGACUGCAGCACUUUUGGUUGGCAUUUUCCUGGCAGCUGUUGCUGUUUUGUCAGCUUAUGCUGCAGGUGCAUUUGAUUCCAAUCCAGAUUUACCGGAAAUUAUGGAAGGAGAGGCUACAUUUACAGGUGAUGACGGCAAGGGGGAAGUUUUCCAUGUUAUGAUCGAUUACAAUAGGAAGCUAAUCCAACUAACCUCGUUGAAUGAUCAAGCAGCAUCGCCGCAGUUAUUUGGAAGGCGUCUAAUGUCCUUCCAAGAAAACAAAACAGCAAACGGGACGCGAAUUAAUGCAACAAAAAUCGUCAUACAGGACUACGACGCGGUGAGUUCCAAUGUCAUACCAUAGUUAUCAUAGUUUGGUCGGAGGAAAAAAACAAAUGCAAAAACAAAAUAAAAACAGAAAAGAAUUUAAAUAAGCCCAAAAGUAAAAAAAUAAUUUUCUUCCUAUACCAAGAAUAUGAAAGUCAAAGGUACCCCAUGAAAAGGUGAUUUGGCAUUCUAGCUUAGUUUUUAUGAAGCUAAAUACCAUUUCGUCUCAAACUCAUUGAUAAGUCAUCAAGUCUUGGAAAAAAGGUCACACACUCCUAUUUUUGCACUUGAGGUUUAAGUUCGAUUUGCCUUUUUGAGGCGGGGGGGUGUGGGGUGUAGUGGUUAAAGAGGAUUGUCCCUCGGCUAAUGCGACUGACCAUUAAUUAAACUAUUAUUAUCAUAAAAGCUGUUGUUUUGACAGUAAUCUUGUACACCCAACAAAAGUGUAAUUGUCACAAAGUUAUAUCAUGACCUAAAAAAGCGACAAAACAAAAUAGAUUAGAAAUAAUUCAACUUGCGAAGUUUUUAAAAAAAGCCAUGGAAACUUAGAAUUCCCAAGACAAAUUUGGGAUUUUUUCAAGACAAUGCAUUGUUCAAAUGUAAAAGUGUUUUUUUUCGUUUUUGCAGCAUCCAAUUUUUUUUUUUUUUUUUUUUUUUUUUACUGUGAUAAUCCAUAUCCUUUCACUUUAAAUUUCUAGCUUGUAAUUAAUUCUGGCGACUAAAACUGCUAAAAACUGCAAUUUUAUAUUAAUUGAAACAGAUCGAAAUCCACGUAAUUGCUAAAGCAAAUGAACGAGCUUGCGUCAGCCUUAGAAAUGUAGUAAACGAACAAAGUUUAUUUACUAACCUUGCAGAAGCGAAAGUACUUUGUUGUUCCAGAGAAUGGAAAUUCAACAACAAAGUGCAUUUAUACUGAUCUUGAAGAAGAAAUGAUUCCCAGGCAUUUACUGAAGCACGCUACCCUUAAAUCGGUAAGUUAGAUAACUUUAAAACACAGCCAACGUUAAUAUUCUAAUAUAUUACUUUUAACUCUAAAUUCGGGUCGAAGACAGGAUCCAGAAUUGCGACUUACUAGGACAAUAAACAAGUCAGUGGCAUCCAAUAUACGACUUUCUUUCUUUCCUUUUUUGGCUGCAUCAAAACGUAAUGGAUUUAAUAUGUCUAAUUCGGGUUUUUCCGCCAUAAAUCGUCACUUACUUGACUCGUCUAAUCACUGAUAUCAAACACUAGGCCACUAAUCUCUUUUUUAAAGGAAAGCGUCGAGGGAAAUAUUACCCAUACCCUAUUUCAAGUUGAUGAUGACACUGAUGUGGAUGUUUAUCGAGCCAAAGGGUACAAUGGAAAGAUUUACGAGGUAAAAUCUUGAACCUUUUUUAGAGCAAACAAAUAUUAUCGAUAGACUGCUCUUCUCUGAGAUUACAUAGAUCUCUAUAUGCAUUUCCUUUCUUUUUUUCCGUCCAUUGAUUCUUACAUCCAAUUGAUUGUUUCUUCAGUACUUAAUUUCGCAGUUUUUAAUAAAUAAUAUCUCUCCUAGAUUUACCUACAUCUCCCAAACGGUAGCAUUCAUAUGCGUUCCAAGGAAAAGGAAAUGAACUUCACGGAUUAUAAACGUCUGAACUGCUACAGGUAUAUUGAAGAGAACGACACAAUCGAGGAGGCCUUCUACCAGUCAAAUGACUCGAAGCUUUGUAAGUUUUCACAACCGGUUUUUACCCUUUUCCCCACUAACAAGACUCAGGCAUUCAUUAAGGGUCAUGCUUAUGACAAUUCAACCAACGUCAAAAGGAUAUAAUAUGAAAUAUCUACGUAUUUUUGGAUAUUUUUGUAGUCUUUGUUGUUUUAAAGCGCCAUCACACAGUCGUGUCUGUUUCAAACGUUCAUUAAAAUAGAAGCAACUAAACGGCGCUUUGACUGCUAUUUUGAGCACGUAUCUGAGGUAUAUAAGAACAUUUAAGAAAUAUUAGAUAAGAGUAACAAGAUGGAAAACGAAAGGGGAACAAAGAGACUGUGCUAAUUUUGAUACUGGUAGCCGACAAACCCUUUCAUACACAGAAGUAAAUUCGUGUCCAUUCUGCCUAGAUCAAGAGUCAACCGAAUUCGCAGAUCUUGAGAUAGAGAGAAACAUUCAGGAAACCUCUCCCAACUUGACUCAGCUGUUGAACCAGACGACAUCAAUUAGCAACGAAAGUCUGGCCAAUCAACUGCCGAUGACUUCAAGACGCCGUCGCCGGGGGAUUGGAUGGCGCGAAGGGAGAUUGGACUGGUGGUACGGAAACUGGUGUGGGGCUCACCAGGGUGGUUACACUAACAACCCAAAGCCAUCUUGUAGGGGCGAUUGCCGUACCACAAGCUACGUGAGCAGCGCCUGUCGUAAGUGCCUUCCGACAAUAGACGGAUUAGAUGAAGCGUGUAUGGAGCAUGACAGGUGAUAAAAUGUCUCAGAAUAGUUAAAUUUGUUGCUCCCUUGAAAGCACAGUUUCCUGUACACAUGACGACAAAUAAAUGGGUACAUACCUCAGCGUGCCACUUCCGAGUUCUCGCGGUUUGGUGACCUGGUACCGAAAUUACGGCGCGAGGAUGAGGCUAAGUGCGAAGUCGUUCUCAUCGGUGUAAAGAAUAAAUUGCCGUAGUGAUGAAAAUGAGAGAAAGAUUCUCGAAGUAAGUUAGGGAGAGUGAAAAAUUCUUCGUGGGAGAGAGGCAUUUAACAGCUGCUGAAGACCUAAAUGUAAUAACUGUCCUAAAGUCCAAGAAAUCAGCGUCUUCUUAUUUGCUAGAUUUAAGUCGAGAAGCAUUGGCUGAAAACCUUUAUUCCGAUGAACUUGGCAUCAAAUGACAGCUGGCAAAACAGUGAGUAGGCUGACCAAUUCCUCUCCAUGUAUCAUUGGCUCAGACUCUUAAGUACAAUAGAUUUUGGAAAAAUGUGAUAACGUGACACUUGUGUGAUCAGUGAUGGAGUUAACAAGUCAUAAACCAAAUAACAAACUUGGACAAGGGAGUCCGUUGACUUGUAGGUCGAUCAAUUUGCAGGCUCGGAUAUACAUUUUGUUGAACUUGGAAUAUUGCAUUUCUAGCCCUCUAUGGCUUAACUCACCUCGGUAAUCAGUUCAUAUACCAUUUAAAUAUAAGUGGAAACUGUUGAGUUUUCUUUUUCAUUUAUUUAUUUAUCUCUCCAUUGUGUCUCCCCACGGCGGGGAGAAGAGAUGUAGACAAAAAAUGAAAAAAACUUGCGAUCGACUAUGAAAUAAAUGUUCCCUGUUGACCAAGCUUAUACGUUCAAGAUGACUGGAUAUUAACCUCGUUCUUUUUCCGCUUUUUUAUGGACCGAGACUAAGUCGAGGUCCAUAAAAACUCAACAAAAGAACUCGGCCAAUACCCAACCAUCUUGAGCUCACGCUUGGUCAAUAACGCAUAUGAAUAUAUUUCGUGCAGACCAGUACAAAUCUGGCAAGGGAAGACCGUACAAAAAAUGCACUUCUGAGCCCGGAAUUUGUCUAACUUAUAGGUCAGUGGACUCCUUUUUCCUUGUAAUUUGGUUCCUAAAGUGUUAACUUCAGCUCUGAUCACACAAGUAUAUCGUCAAAAUCUUUUGCACGAAAGAGUCGGAGCCACUGAGACAAAGAGAGGUAUUGGUCAGCGUUCUCAUUGCUUUGAUGUCUGUCAAUUUGAUGCGAAAAGCACAUCAUUAUAAGGGUUUGUAGCCAAUGCAUCUCGACCGAGGUCUCUAGCAAAUAAAAAGACAUUGAUUGAUACCAACGAGCCUGCAAUAUCUCAUGAAUAUUGGUCAGAGGAUUCUUUGGGCCAAGAGCCGUAACUUAAACUUCUAAAUGUGAAAGUCCGCUGUAAUAACAAUGCACCAGCGCAGUUAAACGAUUGCAUUGAAGGCUUAUUACAUUUAGGACCAGAAAUUAUUACAUUUGGGACUUUAUUACAUUUAGGACCAAAUGUUAUUACAUUUAGGACUUUAUUACAUUUAGGCCUUUAGUAUUCAGCUUAAUGAUGGCAACAAAGGAAAAAAUGGUAGAACUGUUCGAUUUAUGCAAGAAAGCUGCAGCGAUGAAGCAGAUCCGCCUAUGCUGAAGACUGCAAAAGCUGCUGGGGGAGAAAUAUUAAAUAAGUGAAGGCAAAUUCCUAGUACCUGAAAUUUUGGAUGUUUGGAUGCAAAACUUCAGUAACUUUCUAGAAUUAUCGUUCGGUGUUCGCAUGCAGCCUGGGCAAGCCCAGCCUCAGUUACUCCUAUGGCAUCAUUUACUAUUAAGCAUGAUUUUUUUCCUUGCUGAUUUGUAGCAAGGGCUUGCUGCAACUCGCGAAAUAUUGUAAACGAAACCAACUGGAAAUCUGCUAUCUGCAAACUAGAGUUCCUUUAGUCUCCUAAUAAACUAGGAACGAGAAAUUCGAGUUGCUUAAGCUACAAUACUUUUCACCGACAGAAAGUCAGGACGUGUUAAAGCGAUAACUGGUAAAAACGAAAUUACCUUCGAAAGGCCUUAAUAAACGACAGUUAAAGGGGUAAGACCUGAAACGCAAUCCGAACAUUUCGGAACGAAUGGAAGAAACACUGUGAAAUUUGCCCAGUUGUAAAAUGUGGUCGCUUUAAAAAAAAUUAAGGUCGGUAAAAGAUAGGGAACACUGGUGUCAAAACCUUCUUAACUUUUUGGAUUACAUUUUCCUUUAAAUGAUCACAAAAUUAUAAUUAUUCAAAAAGUUCCAGUUCCCCUAAAAGUCAAGUCAAGUUUUAGCAUUUCUUUCUAUUAAAAUGUAACUUGCAAAGCAGUAUACAGUUUCUUUUCAUUCUUCAGAUGUCUUGCUCAUGGUGAAGAUGGUCCUUGGUGGUGCCAACCUAUCGGAAACCGGUGCAAGUGUGACAGCCCGUUUGUAUGGAGAGCCUUCUACCGGAUACUGAGAUGUUCAUCCCUAGACUGUCGAUGGCACGCUUAUCAAGUCUACAUGACAUUUAAAAACUUUUUAUCCUGUUGGUAUCCCGCCAGGAUCUGCUUUCCUUGGCUACGGUUUGUUUGCAGAUGCAAGUGGUGUUCGUGUCCCAGGAUUGUCAUAUACUGGAGGUGCAUUUCUUUUAAGCUGUGUGCUCUCUUUGGUUCUGGAGAGGUUUUUGCUUAACUUGAUAGGCGUAUUUGCAUAGCAUAGAGAACGUUGUCAAGCAACAGAUUGUCUUUAAAAUUACGACAUUAUGACAAACUAAUUGAUGUUAAGAGUGAUAGUGAUUUUAUAUAGGGCACAAGAAAGAGAGUUAGACCACUACGUAUCAUGUGUAAUUGUUGUUGCUUUUGCGAAUAGCAGCUGAAUAAUUGGUAACCUAAGAGCUUCGAACUCCAAACCAAAGCAUGAACUCCUAUGAACAGAACUGUAAUGAACAUUCAAAGAUGAUUUAGAUUACAUAAUUGCCUUUUUUUUAUUUAAAGUAGAAAGAGUUCUCUUUAGUUUCCUUGUCGAGUUCACACCCCUAUUUUCCAGAUACAACUGUUCACAGUUUGAAUUACUUACGUGGCUAGCAUUCCUGGUAAACCAGUUUACAAUUGUGCACGUGAAUUAUACCCUUAUAAUGGUAAAUAAGUAUCGAGGAAGCUGAAGUUCAGUGAUCGACGGAGUUAGAUUAGAGUUUUUUGAACACAACAUUGUUCAAGUUACGUAACGUUACAGUUUCUUUAAGCCCUUUCAGACAGAAUCAGACGUAAGUUCCAUCAUAUCGUAUUUAGUUUCAUUUUCUUUCCGAAUACGCUUUUUUUGUAAUUAGCUUCAGACCAUUUUUAAUCUUGUACAUUGCAAUUUCCCCCUUUUAGUUUUCACCGCAUGUGUAUGGUACUCAGACGAUAGCA